CCGGCUGCCGCGCGACCCCAGCUCCGGCUGGCCCGGGGUCCGAACCCCCGCCCCGCCCCCCGCCCUCUCGCCCGGCCCACGGGGGACGUGCUGCUGCCGACUCGCGCCCGCCACUUGAUAGCAGGGCACACCCGGAGAGGACGCGGAGCCAUGAGCCGCCUGCCCCGGAGGGUGGCGGCGCUGCUGCUCGGGCUGCUCGUGGAGUGCACAGAGGCCAAAAAACAUUGCUGGUAUUUUGAAGGACUCUAUCCAACAUAUUAUAUAUGCCGCCCAUACGAGGACUGCUGUGGCUCCAGGUGCUGCGUGCGGGCCCUCUCCAUCCAGAGGCUCUGGUAUUUUUGGUUCCUGCUGAUGAUGGGCGUGCUCUUCUGCUGCGGAGCCGGCUUCUUUAUCCGGAGACGCAUGUACCCGCCGCCGCUGAUCGAGGAGCCUGCAUUCAACGUGUCCUACACCCGGCAGCCCCCGAACCCUGCGCCAGGAGCCCAGCAGCCGGGGCUGCCCUAUUACACCGACCCUGGAGGACCAGGGAUGAAUCCCGCCGGAAAUACUGUACCUAUGGCUUUCCAGGUUCAGCCCAACUCACCCCAGGGAAGCAUGGCCUACCCUCCGCCCCCUUCUUACUGUAACACGCCCCCGCCCCCCUAUGAACAGGUGGUGAAGGCCAAGUAGCGGGGUGCUGCCCCAUGCCUGCUGUGCGACCUCAGGGGGAACGGGGAGGGGCGCUCUCACCGCACCUCUCGGUCCCCAUCAAUGUUCGCUUCCGGGAAUUGUCUUCUGAGCCACUAAGGGCAAAUUCCUCUUUGAUAUCUUCAAAGCAAGCACAGCUCCCUUUCAAGUUUUCGUGGAGGACCAAUAUUUGAAUUUAUCCUGUGUCUCCUCUGUUGCUUCUGUUUCUGAUGUAAUCUGAGCUCUGGCAGAGUGUGGACAGUCCCCAAGGGUUGACACUCUAGAUCCUCGGGAGAGAGACUAAGGAGAAGGAGGCAAGGCAGGGCCCGUGUGUGCAGGUGAGCGCAGGUGAGUACGAGGAGGGGACCGCUCCUGGCCCAGGCACACAGCAGGCAGCUCAUGGAAGUGAGGCCCCCCAGGCUCCACUCUCGGAGCCCCUCAUCCUGUCAGUCUUCCUCUUCAGGAAGCUGUGAAGCUCUGCUGUGGGAGAAGCCUCCUAGAACUUCCUGUCUCCACUCACUUCCUAGAGGUGACAGUGGCUUCCCUUCUGCGUAGCCAGGGCCGGGAGGGGACUGUGUACCCAAGGAGAUGCGGAUCCAGAUGAGGUCAAGUUUGGAUGUCUACAGUUACCCGAAAAUCACGAAGGAAAGUUACUGCAAUUUAUGAGAAAUGGAUUCCUGCGUCAAACUGGGACAUUGCAUUUUAUGAACUCUUGGUCUGACUGGGCAAAAAUAAAAUGGUUCACCUCCCUGCCAAUCCCCCCGCCCAACCCAGCCCCGGGCUUUCUAGUGAGUCUGUGGAAGCUCGUGUAGAGUCCUGUCCUUUAAGGUCAGACUCAGAGCGUCUUCUCUGAAUGUCAGCAGCUGUCUGACCAGAGGUCUCCGCACCCUUCCUUUGGCAGCCCUGGCGGUGGUUGUGAUGGACACUUUCCAAGAGGAGAGGCACUGCCAGCUGGGAAGUCACACCAUCCCCUUGGAGAGUGGUAGCCCCUGGGGCAGCAGGCCAGGCCUGCAGUUUGAUGUCAGCAGAUGUGUGUGUAUGUGGGGGGAUGUUCUCUAAAGAGGAAAAGCUUGCUGAAAAAAGAGGAAUGCAGAAUCCCAGGACUGCAGGAAGAUCUCUUUAAAAAGUACUGAGUAGAUUUCACUGAUAGCUUAAUCAAAAUGAGAAUAGAAGAUGUGGUUGGAAAUGCAAACCCUGGCAGAGAAGCGUGUCUCAAUGCUGGGCUCUAGUGAGGGGUCACCGGGCUGAAAGGAAGGUGUGGCCUCUGCAGUAAGCAGUGCUGGCGGUGCAGUUGAACCCCUGGAGAUUCGGCCCGUGGUGUGUAGGAAGGCAAAGCAGCGUAGUGAGAUGGGAGGGUCCCUGUGUGUGUAGUAGUGGGAUAGGGCCAGCGGGCGGCAGGGGGUUAUUUUUGUAAUAACUAAUUGGACCAGCCUCUUGAGAAAUUGUUACUCAUUGGACUUGAACUUCCGAACAUGUCACCUGCGUGGAUGCUGAGUGUUUUCAUUCCCCCAGACCAGGAGUCUGGGCGUCCCUUUCCUCCUGGGUGAGAGAUCAGGAUAGGACUGCGGCACCUGCCCAGAAUGACCUCCCUGCGAAGAUGGAGAACCUGCAAGCCUCCCAGGGAACUCCACAGGAAAUGCUGGGAGCCAAACACGGGCCCUUGGAAACACAGGUUUUAAACACAGAUGCUGCUGCUGGUGUCUUCGGCCAGCCUCGUGUGACCUCCGAACUACUGUCCCUGACAGCAGUACCUCCGCUCAUCUAGUCCUUGAUCCAAAGGAGACAACAAAGCACAACGUUUGCUGUUUACAACCAAGGACAACUACAUGGGUCCAGAAGGUUCCUCUUCUUCCGGGUCAUUCAUCUCACAUUUUUUACUUAAAUUUCUCCCUUCCUUUUUUUUUUUUUUUGUUUUGUUUUGUUUUAAUGAAGAAGCACAGUAAGGGCCGCCCCUGGAAUUGGAUCCGGGUGCAGUUGAAUAAGCACCCAAAUAUCCAUGACUAAAUUUCAUUUCUCUUUUUGAUAACAAAUGAUCUCAGAGACUGAACGAUUUAGGUAGUAUUCAACAAUUUUGUAUUCCAUGUUUGUGAAGAUAAAUUUUGUUUUCUCUCGAACCUGGGUGAGAACCCGCUACAGCGAAUGCUGCUACUGUGCGUAGAAAUUCCACUCGUGGUGGCAUCUCCUGGCCCUUCUCGUUCCGUCUGUGUGGACAGUGGACUGUGUCCCCCUCCCGGAGUAGGUCCAGCUCCUGGUGUGUCGAAGUCUUAUAUAGAGUCAGUGAUUAGGAGUAAGCUGGGAGCAGAUCUGUGCAUGUUUUUCCUCUGCAACAUUUGGCUCAUUUCUCUUUUUUGUUCUCUUUUGAUAGAGUCCCAUUUCCUAUGUAUGCAAAAUAAAAAAUUGGGGCACAUG